CAGGGCACGGGGUGGCAACGCCCGCAGGGAAGCCUGGACCAUGCUGGCCUGCCUGCAGAGGACCCAGAACCCCCCAGCCCAGCACCUCCCCUGCCCCAGCAAGGCGCUGGAGCCACGCAAGUGCGAGACGGCCCCCAUGCAUUCCCCGCGCUACCCCAGCCCCGCCGAGCUGGACGCCUACGCACAGAAGGUGGCCAACAGCCCGCUGACCAUCAAGAUCUUCCCCACCAACAUCAGGGUCCCCCAGCACAAGCACCUUAACCGGACGGUGAACGGCUACGACACCACGGGGCAGCGGUACAGCCCCUACCCCCUGCACGCCGGCGGCUACCAGGGGCUGCUGGCCAUUGUCAAAGCCUCCGGCAAAAGCGUGGUGAAGAACUCGGAGGGGAAGCGGACUAAGCUCUCGCCCGCCCAGGUGGGCGUCGCUCCCUACCCCGCCUCAAGCACUUUAGCUCAAGGUCCCUCCUGCGCCGCCGGGCAGCUGAGCUACCACGGUGGCCAGAAGCAGCUGGAGGGUCCCGUGCCCCCCAACGUGACGGUGGCGGCCUCGGUGCUGCCGCUGGCGGGCAGGAGCCUGGCCCUACCGCCCUCCAACCUGCCCUCCAUCCAGAGCAUCAUCUACCAGAUCAAUCAGCAGUGCCAGGCGCAGGGUGCCCAGCCCGGCUGCCCGGCCGUCGUGGCCGCCCACCCCAGCCCGGCCAAGCACGGCGCCUUCGGCCCCGGCUACGGCGGCACCGUCCUGCCCGAGUGCCGCAAGGGCGCCGAGCUGGCGCUGGGCUCCAACCCGGCCGCCGCCCUGGGACCCAAGGCGGGCGUUUACCCCGAGGGCAUGGACUACCUGGUGUGGCAGCAGAAGCAGCAGCAGCAGCACCUGCGAAUGUACAGCGGGGGCAGCGGCGGCGGAGGGGCUCUCAGCAAGUCCCCCGAGACGUGCGCGGGCGCCUCGCGGCCCUACGGGCUGGGCGGCGCCGCCGACAAGGUGAGCUCGUCCCCCUUGAACUGCAUGCACGGCAACUUCGCCGUGGGGCAGUACUUCGCUCCCCCCUGGAACAGCAUCCUGGUGACCCCCAACAGCGACUGUUACAACCCGCCGGAGCUGGGGGCCGGCCCCCGUGAGCUGGGGGUGCCCCCGGCCGAGGGGCUGCCCAGCAAGACCCUCUGCAAUACCUCCAUCCUCAGCAGCAGCCUCCAGUCCCUGGAGUAUCUCAUCAACGACAUCCACCCGCCCUGCAUCAAGGAGCAGAUGCUGGGCAAGGGCUACGAGACCGUGUCUGUGCCAAGGCUCUUGGACCACCAGCACGCCCACAUCCGCCUGCCCGUCUACAGAUAA